AUGGCCCGUACUAAGCAGACUGCCCGUAAAUCCACUGGCGGGAAAGCUCCUCGAAAGCAGCUGGCCACCAAAGCCGCCCGGAAAAGUGCACCGUCCACUGGUGGAGUGAAGAAACCUCACCGUUACAGGUAUUUGGAACAGGCACUCGAUAGCAGCUCAGUUUUUUGGCCAGCACAGGGUGGGGAGCACAGAGAAGCCAGGCAACUGCUCUCAAGCCUACAAUCUGGUCAGCCCCUAGCCUCAAGUAAAAGUGCUCUCCAAAGUUGUCAUGGUGCUGGGUAUUUGGGAAGGAGGGGUGGCUGCUCAGUUUCUGUACCCUGUUUCCCUCCAUCCUCAUGACUUCUGGCUGUGUUAGCAAGGUUGGAGGGAGAUGACUACUAUUUCCCUAUACAGUGGUACCUCUGGUUGCGAACGAGAUCCGUUCCGGAGGCCCGUUCACAACAUGAAAAGAACGCAACCCGCAGCGGCACGUUUGCACACAUGCGGGUUGCGAUUCGCCUCUUCUGCACAUGCGCGUGAUGUCAUUUUGUGCAGCGACGCGAGCGGCAAAACCCAGAAGUAACCCUUUCCGGUACUUCUGGGUUGCCGCGGGACGCAACCUGAAAAAACCUAACAUGAAGCAAACAUAACAUGCGGUAUGACUGUAAUUUCUCCCAGGCCUGGCACUGUGGCACUGCGAGAGAUCCGGCGGUACCAGAAAUCCACAGAAUUGCUGAUCCGCAAGUUGCCAUUCCAGCGUCUGGUUCGUGAAAUCGCUCAGGACUUCAAGACAGACCUGCGGUUCCAGAGUGCUGCCAUCGGAGCUCUGCAGGUUUGUGCCUCGUCUCCUUGUUGCCUCGCCCUUCCUCCUCCUGAAGACUAUGCCUGGUUCCAGAGGGCUGCUCCUUUCUGGGAGUUUAAAGGCCAAAAAGAAACCCUGCUUGCUUUUUGCAGCACAGACUGUGUCAUGUGCCCUCAGACUGUUCUCUUGAGCUGCUUGAUAUUUCAUGAAACUCUCCCUCUGACACUUCUGCUGUUGUCACCUUCUAAAUUCAUAAGCUGCAUCUAGCAUCCAUUGGACAUGUUAGAUGUGAGCUGGAGACCUGUGCCUGAGCAGAGUUGUUGUGGGGGGGGGGGUGUUGUGCUGCUGUUGGAGAGGUGCUUUCUGCCUUUAUUGCAGCUCCGUUGAUAAAGAGGGGAUGGGAAACCUGUGCUGAUUCAGAUGCUAUUGGACUCCCAGCUCCCAUCAGCUGCAGCCAGCAUGGCCAAGGAUGAUGGGAGUUGUAGUUCAGCAACAUCUAGGGAGCCACAGCUUCCCCGCCACUGUCGAAACUAUUAGAUGGGCUGAGGCAGGCUGGGAGAAGAGAAAUGAGGAGCUGUCACACCCUCCCUUCCAGUCUUCCACCUCCUCCUCCUUUGGAGGUCAUGCUUGUUCUGGCAGCGACCAUCUGUGCUCGAAAGUAAGGGAGGAACAGCUGCUGCCAUAGCAAGCGAGGUCCUCCCACUUCUUUAAAAAGAAGGUAAGUGUCGCUGUCAAAAGAUGAAACCGAGAUAAGAGUGUGGCAGCAUCUUCUCCUCCUGGGAGCUUGGGGUGUGAAUAAGAUGUUGUCGAUAUUUCUCUCCUGCUCCAUCUGGCGAUGCUCCCUUCUCCACGAUUCCAGAAAUUCCAAGGGAAUUGAAUUGCGUGUAUCCCUUCAGCAGGCAGGUAAUGUAUGCGAUCGGCCUUCUGUUGCGUGCAAGACGAAGAGCUAGCAUUUUGAAAUCCAUCAGUUUGUCAACACACAGAUAAUCUGUUGCAAAACCUUGCUGCUUGUGUUUUGUAUCUGCCCCCCCCCCCCGCGCUUGUGCAUUUCAAAACUGCUCCCUGCAAAGCAGUUCCAUUAUUUUAACUUGAAUUUCCUUGUCUCAAUAGGAAGCCAGCGAGGCGUAUCUUGUGGGUCUGUUUGAGGACACCAACCUGUGUGCCAUCCAUGCCAAGCGGGUCACCAUCAUGCCAAAAGACAUACAGCUGGCUCGCCGCAUCCGUGGCGAAAGGGCUUAA